AUGGCUAGUUCUGUUGCCGGGAUAUUUUUUGUUUUACUGGUUUUAAGUGGUAAAAAGUCAAGUUGGGCAAAUGUGUUCACUGUUGGAGACAGUCAUGCGUUCAAAUAUGACAAAGGUCGUACCGUUACUGAAGUGGAUCAACAUGGUUUCGACAAAUGCGAUGGAACAAAAGGAAAAUUGCUUGAUCAAGGUGGGCAUGCUACCGUUACUCUCACCAAGGGUGUCCAGUUCUUUAUAUCUGUUGGGCCUUCUGAUUGCGAGAAUGGGAUGAAGUUAUCCGUCGAUGCGGAUGGAUCGAAAUGA